CAGAAUGAAUGAUGACAUCUUAAGUUCCUUGGACAAUCUACUACUACAGUUUGUUUUUCUGGUUGAGCAAGCAUCUUACUCCAAAGAACAUGUGAGACAACAGAUACAGAUACAUAAUGCUAACAUCAUUGUGAAAAAAGGCAAAAUAUGUUGGCUAAAAGAAGAGAUUAACAAGAACGAGGAGGUGAUUGUUGGCCUUCAACGCAACAAUAGCAGCAAGGAGAAUUGUAAUGUUUGGAAACCAACGUACAUGAUUCUAAAUAAACAUGAAGAAUAUUUGCAGAAGGAACUCCAGGACUGCAUGAAAACGACACGAAACGACAAAAACAUGUACCAGGAUUACAUGAAUCAGUAUGAAGAGACUUUCAAACAGCACCAAGCAAAAUAUUUAGAAAGCACAUUUGUCCAGAAACAAAUAGAAUUUGAGGAAAUACAAAACCGCGUUCUGAAACAGUCUGAACUGGUUAAACAGAAAGAACUUGAAAUAAUGGAUUUUCAAGAACCUGGUCCAUUUCAAUCACUUUUGUAUUGGGCAUCUCAAAUUGCUUCUUUGAGGCAGAACACGAAAGAAACCCUUCAGCAUGCAAAUAUUCUCAGGCAGCAAUCACUUGAACUAGACAAAACAGCAGAGGAGCUGGAAAAGAAAAUGCAUUCUAUCAGGCAGCAACUUGAAAGGGUUACAGAAGAUCAAAACCGUUCGAGAGUGGGAGAAGAAAGAAGUGAAGAAAAUCAUGAAAUGAGGAAGGAAUUUGUUAAAAGCUGGUUCAAAGUGGAUGGUCAGCCCCACUUGUUAAAUGAAGAUCAUCAGAAAUAUAAACCAUUACAUUUCCCUAGCAUUUCUCAGAAAUUUGUCCGAAGCAUACCAACUCUGAAGCCAUUGUUUCAGCCGGCAGAGACAGGUGUACAGGAGAAUGAAGACUCCGUAAGACAUCCAGCAGUGACCAGUAUUUAUUUCAAUCAUGGGGAAAAUGAAACACAGAAAUGUAAUGACACUGCAGGGACGUACAAUGCAAAACCUGCACAGGUUACCUCUACAACAAGCUUGCAAAGAGAAACACCAUUCAGGUUGCUGGCUUAUCAGAAGCAAACAAAUAGCAAACAGUGGCUGGAGAUGGAGGCUACAGAAACAGUAGCGGAAAAAGAGAUGGACAUCAUAGGAAGAGAAGAAGGGAGCGAACCGAAGGAUAACACAUAUGUGUCCCAAAAUGGAGAGAGAGAAUGUGGUAGUAAAUCAGCUGGACCUAAUUUUGCUUCAGGAGAAGAGCCCGCUGAAAGCUUUCCCAGAACUCCUGAGCACAGCAUAUCUGCAAAGACACCUGAGUCUAAUGGAACUCCAUUUGAACUACUUCAAACAGAAAAUGAAGGAUCAACAUCAAAGUCACCAAGUUUUAGUUUUCUAACUGGCUUUAAUGCAAAGUCACCAGCAUUUAAUUUCUUUGAUUCUUCUGCAUUUGGAGUUGAACAGUCACCAGACCAGACAGGCAAAAACUCUUCUACUGGAAGUCUAAAUCCUGUUUCCCCACAGGAACCUAUUGGAGAUUUAUUUGGAAAAAUGGAUAAUGAAGAUUCGUUUGCCUUUUCCUUCCCAUCAUGUUCUUCUGUUCAAACUUUUCAAGAUGGAAAAGAUGUCUUCAGUUUUCCCUUCUCUUUUGGAUCCCAGUCUGCUUCCCAAAAAGGAUUUCAGACUUCUUCACAAAGCAGAAAGGCAUUUUCACUUUUUUAAUGAUUUGGAAUAGCCAUAGCAAACAUUUUAUCUUCCUACCUAAAAAAAAGUAGGUAAAAAUGAUGAAAAUUUUGCAUUCAGUAUCAAUUUUAAGUGAGUUCAGUCAAAAAGGUUAAAAUUGUUCGGGCCGUUAAAAGUUUUGGCUAAAUUUUACUUCAUGAAACACAUGUAAUAUAAUCUUCAAAUGCUUCAUUUGAAAAUAGCCUUUCCAAUACUUUCAGUGUUAUUUAUUGAGAGCUAAAUAAUCAGCUCCUAUAGCAAUACCUAAAAUAUUUUUUUGAAACUGGGUAGUUUGGCGAAAAUACUGUUAUCCCUUAUAACAAGAGGAUAUUUGUCAUUGUCAUUGUUGUUUUCUGAGUUUUUAAAUAAUUGCUUGUAACAUAUUUUAACUAGCACAAUAUUAAAGUUAUUUUAACCCCA